CCCAAUAAUCCACAAGCUAGGAGGAGUGCAAUUUCAUAUUACUACUACGAGAGAUCUUUCUUAGUAGGGUAGCUAAUUUGUGGGAUGGAACGUGUAAUAGAAUCUAAGGAUUUGUUAGAAGCUCAAUCCCAUGUGUGGAACCACAUUUUUAACUUCAUAAAUUCAAUGUCCCUAAAAUGUGCCGUGGAGCUCGGCAUCCCCGAUGCAGUGCACUCGAACGGCGGCAGGCCUAUCUCGCUCUGCGAGCUGGCGAACAAGCUGUCCAUUCCGUCGACCCGUAUUGAUCACCUGCGCCGCCUGAUGCGCCUCCUCGUGCACUCCGGCUUCUUCACUUGUCAGAAGAUUAAGAAGGGCGACGGGGACGGUGAGAGGGAUGUUGAACUCUUUCUCCCAACCGUCAACUCUUCCCUCCUUUUGAAGGAAAGUGAUGUUAGUGUUUCACCGUUUGUGCUUAACAUGCUCGACCGUAUAUUUACGUUGCCAUGGCAUAGCCUUGGCGAGUGGUUUCGGCAAUCAAAUGUGCCGACCGCCUUUGAAAUAUUUCACGGAGAUCACAUCUGGGGAGUAACAAAGCAAAAUGCGAGUUUCGGUGACUCCUUUAAUGAGGCGAUGGCGAGCGACGCCAGUUUGGUGGGCAAACUGGUCGCGAGCGCGUGCAUUGACACGUUUUGCGGGUUGCAAUCGGUGGUGGACGUUGCAGGCGGCACAGGCACGUUGGCGCGAGCAAUUGCUAAAGCCCUUCCGCAGGUGCAGUUCACCGUUUUCGACCUUCCGCAUGUAGUUGAAGGCUUGACGAGUGAAGAAAACGGGAGGAUUGCUUUUGUAGGUGGAGAUAUGUUUGAGUACAUUCCUCCCGCAGAUGCUAUCCUACUCAAGUGGACCUUACACGAUUGGAGUGACGAGGACUGCGUGAAGAUAUUAAAACGUUGUAAGGAUGCUGUUCCUCCAAAAGAAAAGGGAGGUAAAGUUAUUAUCAUUGACAUGGUGAUGACCAGUAGGGAGAGUGAGCAUUUCAAGUCCGAGGAAACACAACUUUUCUUCGAUAUGCUGGUGAUGGUUCUAACACCAGGAAAAGAAAGAAAUGAAAAAGAAUGGAGCAAAUUAUUUACCGAUGCAGGUUACAAGGAAUAUAAAAUAGUGAAUGCAUUAGGCGUGCGGUCUGUCAUUGAGGUUUACUAUUGAUCCUCAAAUUCUCUAUUAUAAGAACUAGUACUACAAAUAAAGAUGUCUGUUUAUCAAAAUAUAAUUAAUGGGUCAGUUUUAAUUGUGAAAACUUAUUAGUGGUUGACUCGCUAGAUUUAGCACUUAAUUGGUAUCACAAUUAAAGUCUGACUCAUUAAUAUUAUAAUAAAGUGUGUUGCCCGAGCAAAUGUAUGAGAAAAUAAAAGCUCAUAACUAUAUAAGAGUGGGAUACUUAAUUAGCAUGUUUUAUGUGUUUUAUUCUCUUGUAUUGGUAAAGCUCAUAACUAUAUAAGAGUGGGAUACUUAAUUAGCAUGUUUUAUGUGUUUUAUUCUCCUGUAUUGGUAAAGCUCAUAACUAUAUAAGAGUGGGAUACUUAAUUAGCAUGUUUUAUGUGUUUUAUUCUCUUGUAUUGGUAAAGCUCAUAACUAUAUAAGAGUGGGAUACUUAAUUAGCA